CUUCACAGGGAUUUUUCUUCUUGGCUGGUUUUAUAGCUGUUGACAUGAUAUAUACAUGUUCUUAAGAGUAUGAAGAGGAAUGGGUUAACCGCAGUCGGAGGAGAAAGGUAGCUGUCCUUCAUUUUUUCAUGUUUUAUAUUUUUGGUUGUCUUGAUUCCUUGGCAGGCAAAAUCGGGCAUCCAAUCUCCCACCUCCAGUAUACCAUUCCCCCCCCCCUAAUGCCAAUAUGCGUGGAAUGCGAUGCUCCAGUUGCCACUCUCUACACAGAAUAUAGCAAAGAGAACAUUCGUCUUACAUCAUGUGAAAAGUGCAACCACUUUGCCGAUAAAUACAUAGAAUUUGAUUUUGUCAUCAUAUUUAUCGACAUGCUAUUGCAUAAACCACAAGUCUAUAGACACCUUUUGUUCAAUCGCAUCACUUACACCGAUGAAAAGAGCAUAGAGCCAAAUAUCAUGAAGCUGGCUGUACUACUAAUCCUUUUCGAAGUCUAUAUUAAAUGGUUCAGACUGGAGAAAUACUACACUGGAUCAGAUUCAACAUUCAUGGAACAACCUCUGUUUUAUCAAUACUUGUAUAUUCUUCUACUGUGUAUCAUAGAAUUUGUUGCUGUUCAUCUCGGAGUUCACAUCGCUGUUCGAUGGCUGUUCCGAGGACAAAAAUCCCAGAGUAUUAGACAUAACUAUAUCACUAUGGCACUGAUCGUUUCAAGCUUUGGAAAGAUGCUGUUGAUCUUAAUGGUUAUUUGGGAUUAUAAGCAGCUAGAGUACUCAUGGCUAGUCAGCAUCAUUGUUCUUACUUCCAACAUCGAGGCCUUAUCUGUGUUCUUGCACAUUGGUUAUCUCAAAGCUUGCAGCAUUAUCGGCUUUGGCAUUGCCCUCAAAUUACUUGCUCAGCUUCUCUUCCUUGGAACCACUUAUAAAGGAACGGACAGUCUUCUUAGUUUCACGUAUACUGGUUCUAAAUUACUAAGUAUCUGAACUACAGCCACCACAUUGAAUAAAUAUGGUUGAGUCAAAAGCAAUGGGAUUGGAUGAUUUAGUUAUGAGAUAUGUGGUGUCGAGUGUGAUAUGCAAUUGGUCCGAAACGAUCUGCGAAUGUUCUGUGUGUCACACACAGCGUGUAACAAA